AUGUACACAAACAAAUCCAACAAUAAACCUCGGCUGCUAAACAAGCCCACAAAGAAGAAAGGAGACCAUGGCAGUCAACAAGAAAGAUUGGAUGACGAUGAAAAAGCUCAACAAUUAAAAGAAUAUAGAGAAAAGAAAAAACUAGAGGAAAUUGAAAUUGACAAACGAUUCUUUGGACCACAGAUGGAGGGUACAAAGAAUCUGGGUUGGUUGGUAAACUUUAGAGCAACGAGUGUACCAGAAAAAUUGACUAUGGGUGGGUCCGGAGGUGAAGAUGAUGCCAAUUCUUCGGAUAUGGAUCUUGCUGCAGUUGUGUUAUAUUUUAUGAGUGAUGAAGGUGACUCUUUUUCUGUCACCAAAGUAUUCGAACCAUAUUUCUAUAUUGCUGUGAAGGAUGACAAUUCAUUUACAGAAGUUUGCAAUUAUUUAACAUCAAUGGACCCAAUAGUAUCAUUGGAUAUAGUAGAUAAAGAAGAUCUUGACAAGGUUAAUCACCUUUCCGGUAUAAAGGCAAAGUACUUGAAAUUGAGAUUUAAAAACGUUCAACAAUUGAUGGAAAUGAGAUCUAAGUUAUUACCAAUAAUUGAAAAAAAUAAGAAAAAGAGUCAAGAUUCGUUUGAGCUAUUAGAAGAAGAGUUAUUGAACGAAGAAAUGGAGGAUCAGUUCUUAGAUGAUCUUGAUGACUACGAAAGAGGAAUUAGACGUAAAAGGAAAGCUAAACUUUCGACUAUUGAUUGUGUUGACAAGAUAGUUGAUAUUAGAGAAUAUGAUAUUAAAUAUCAUAUUCGUUGUGCCAUUGAUACAGAUUUAAGAGUUGGUUAUUGGUAUGAUAUUUCUGUUGAGGAAGGAAAUGUUUUGAUUUCAAAGAGAGAAGAUAUCGAAGAAAGAGCUGUUCCUAAAGUUUGUGCUUUCGAUAUUGAAACCACAAAACCUCCUCUCAUGUUCCCUGAUCCACAAUCAGAUAGAAUUAUGAUGAUAUCUUAUAUGAUUGACGGCCACGGUUACUUAAUUGUGAAUCGUGAAAUCGUCGCUGAAGAUAUCGAAAAUUUUGAUUAUACUCCAAAAGAUGAAUUCCCUGGAUAUUUUGAAGUUUUCAACGUAGAAAAUGAAAAAGAGUUAUUACUUAAAUGGUUUUCACAUAUGCAAGAAGAAAAACCAUGUGUAUAUGUGACGUAUAACGGUGACUUUUUCGAUUGGCCUUUCAUAGAACAAAGAGCUAGUGUAUAUUCACUGAAUCUUAGAGACCAUGUAGGUUACUAUAGAAUGUCAGGAGAUUGCAAAAAGCUUGGAUCUGACACGCUUUAUGGCAGUAGUUUUGGUCUCCAUAUCGAUUGUCUGUAUUGGGUUAUCAGAGACAGUUAUUUACCUCAAGGUUCUCAUGGUUUGAAAGCUGUCACUAAAGCCAAGUUAAAGUAUGAUCCUAUUGAAGUAGAUCCUGAAGAUAUGUUACCUUUUGCAACAAGUCAACCUCAAAAAUUGGCUUCUUAUUCUGUUUCUGAUGCAGUUUCAACAUACUAUUUAUAUAUGAAGUAUAUCAAUCCUUUUAUCUUCUCACUUUGUAACAUUAUUCCAAUGCCACCAGAUGAAGUUUUGAGAAAAGGAUCAGGUACACUCUGUGAAACACUUCUCAUGGUACAAGCAUUCAAGGGUAAUAUUAUUUUCCCAAAUAGAUAUCAAUCAGAUCCUGAAAAGAUGUAUAAGGGUCACUUGUUAGCAAGUGAAACAUAUAUCGGUGGUCGUGUAGAAGGUUUAAAGUCUGGUGUUUAUAGAUCAGAUAUACCAUACAAAUUCAAAUUAAAUCCAGACAGAUAUCAACAAUUAGUUGAUAAUGUAGAUAGAGUCAUUAGAUUUGCAAUUGAAGUUGAACAACAAUUGAAAGUUGAAGAUGUUGCCAACUUUGAGGAAUUGAAACAAGAAAUUAUUGAUGGUUUACUUAAACUCAAAGAAAAACCAGAAAGAGAAGAAUGUCCAAAAUUAUAUCACUUGGAUGUUGGUGCUAUGUAUCCUAACAUUAUUCUUACACACAGACUUCAACCAUCUGCUAUUGUUAACGAGGACACCUGUGCUCAAUGCAUUUACAAUAAGCCAGAGAAUGAUUGUAAGAGAAUAAUGAAGUGGCACUUUAGAGCUGAAUAUUUUACAGCAUCUAGAUCUGAAUUUAAUAUUGCCAAGAAUUCUUUAAUGAACGAUAAUCCAAACUUUACCAAUGAAGAAUUAAGAAAGAGAGUGGGUGAAAUCAGUCAAAAGGCCCACAAGAAGAAAUAUAAUAAGGAAAGUAUGGUCAAGGAUGCUACUAUUUGUCAAAGAGAAAAUCCAUUCUAUGUAAAUACAGUUAGAGAAUUUCGUGACAGAAGAUAUGUACUUAAAGAUAAAUCCAAAGAAUGGAAGGACAAGUCUAAAGAUCCAGAAUUUGAAGAAAAGUCCAAAGUCAUGUUAGUUUUGUACGAUUCUCUUCAACUUGCCCACAAGUGUAUUUUGAACUCUUUCUACGGUUACGUUAUGAGAAAAGCUGCCAGAUGGUACAGUAUGGAAAUGGCUGGUGUUGUUACUUACAAUGGUGCUCAAAUUAUUAGAAUGGCCAGAGAGCUUAUCGAUGAUAUUGGUAUUUCAUUGGAAUUGGAUACUGAUGGUAUUUGGUGCAUGCUCCCUGGUUCAUUCCCUGAAAAUUAUACACUCAAGCUUACUAAUGGUAAGAAGAGAACAAUCUCCUAUCCUUGUUUGAUGUUGAACGCAGAUGUUGCUCAAAAUUUCAGUAACGAUCAAUAUCAAAAUUUCAAUCCAGAAACUGGAAAAUGGGACAAGAGAGCUGAAUGUUCCAUUUUCUUCGAAGUUGACGGUCCUUAUCGUGCUAUGAUUUUGCCAGCCUCAAAGGAAGAAGGUAAAUCUAUUAAGAAGAGAUAUGCAGUUUUCAAUCAUGAUGGUACUUUGGCUGAAUUGAAGGGUUUCGAAAUUAAAAGAAGAGGUGAACUUAAGCUUAUUAAGAUUUUCCAAUCUCAAGUUUUCGAACAAUUCUUAAAAGGAUAUUCUCUCUCUGAAUGUUAUCAACAUGUUGCUGAAAUUGCAAAUAGAUGGCUGGAUAUUCUUUACACUAAAGGUGAAGGAAUUGAAACUAAGCAACUCUUUGAUUAUAUUACUGAAAGUUCUAACAUGAGUAAGAGGUUAGAAGAAUAUGGUAAUCAAAAGGCAGCAAGAAUUACAGCAGCUAAAAGAUUGGUUGAUCUUUUUGGUGAACAAAUGGUUAGAGAUAAGGGUUUAGUUUGUAGUUACAUUGUGGCAAAGAAACCUGAAAAUGCUAGUGUUACAGAACGUGUUAUUCCAACAGUUGUUUUCCAAAAGGAGGAAUCUGUAUGCUUGUCAUUCUUGAAGAAGUGGACAAAGGAUACAUCAAUGACAGAAAUCGAUCUCAAGGAAAUUGUUGAUUGGGAUUAUUAUAUUGAAAGAUUGGGUAGUGCUAUUCAAAAAAUUAUUACUAUUCCUGCAGCUUUACAAGCUAUUGAUAAUCCAGUACCUAGAGUUAAGCACCCAGAUUGGUUGCUCAAAAAGUUGAGAGAAAAUGCAAGUCAAAGCAAACAAAGAUCCUUGAUGGAUAUGCUUAAGAAGAUACCCGUAACAGAAGAUUCUUCCUCUGAUAGUGAUGAAGAAAUGGAAGACGCUUCAGGUGAUGAAAAACCAAAAUCUAAAUCUACAAAGAGAAAGAUUGACGAUGUUGAUGAUGAUUCAUUAGGUGAAGAGGUAGGGCAAAAGAGAAAGAAGAAAAAGAAGAAGAACAAGACCAAGAAAUCUAAAUCCUCAGAUGGUAACACUCUUGUCAAUGAUGGUACUAUGGCUUCAUAUGUUCAAUUUUAUUCUAACCAACUUAAAGACCUCGUGUGGCAUGUUAUUGAAGUUAGAGAAUCCGAAACACCAGGUCUUCUCAAGCUUUUUAUUAGUGUUGGAGGUAAAAUGAGAACAUUCAAGAUAGAAGUACCAAGAGUUGUCUAUCUCAAUUUUUAUCAAAAGCAAGGUGAAUCAGAGGAGCCUCAUAAGAAAUUACCAAUUCUCUCAAGUCAGCUUGUUGAAACUUCAGUAGCUAAUAAGAGAGAUACAUUCCUCUAUAGAAAAGAGUUGCUAGAGUCGUACUACCAAAAGAACUUGCAAACUAUUUACUCUGAAUUCUCUAAUCCUCAUAUUCAAGGUGUUUAUGAGACACAAAUUGAUCCUGUUCUUAGAGCUGUUCUUUCAAUUGGUUCACUUUGUCAAGUACAUCCAAAGUCAAGAGAAAAGAUUGACUCUGCCAAUACGCUUACUGUUUCAGAUCUUGUUCAAGUUGACGGAAGUCAUUCUAAGAAGAAUCCUGGUGUAUCUUAUCUCAAAGAUGUAACAAACUUGCAAAAAUUAUAUCUUUUUGAAAGUUGUUGUGAUGUCAGAGGUGUUAUUGGUUUGUUCUCUUUUGCAAACAAGAAAGCAUAUAUUUAUUUGAUUCAUUCAAUUGAUCUCCAAACUACAGGUUUGCAUCCUGAUAGAUUAUUCGAUGAAGUAUUAGAUCAAAUUAUUGAGCAAUCUAACUUGAAUAUUACAGAAAUUGAAGAAUUUGAAUUGGAUGUUUUCAAGAAUAGAGUUGAUGUACUUAAAGAAAUUAACAACAUUUUGGCGAAGGAAAGAAAGGCAUCAUCUCUGCUUUUAGUUCAGUCUCCAUUCUCAUACCAAACUCAUUCAGCCUCUGAAAUCGCUCCAAUGUUAGAAGAAAUACCUAUUGUAGCCAUUCCUUUCAGUGAAGAAGACAACAAAUAUCAACAUGCUCUCUCAGCAUACUGGACUAAUAAUUGUAUCAAGCAAAUGUUUAUCAGAUAUUGUGCUAUUGAAAAAUGGUAUAAGGAUAUGACUAACUACAGUAACUAUUGUGGUAUUCCUAUUGGUAAUAUUGAAUCAAAUGACUUUGUUAUGCAUUUAAUUGACAUGAUGUUUGGAAGAAGUUUACAAAAUGACUAUGUAUUGUGGUUAAGCAAGGCCAACAAACCAGAUUUAGGAGGUUGCGAAAAUGAUGCACUACAACAACAAGCAUUGUUGAGUGAUGACCAAUUGUAUUCCAGAAGUGGUACUUUUAUUAAUCACUCUGCUUGCUAUCACUCAGUUUGUGUUGAGUUUGAUAUUUCUCACUUGGACAUUAAUGCCAUUUUGCAAAGUAGUUUUAUUGAAGAAACAAUUGAUGACAAGAUUAGUAAUUCAUCUAAAUUCUCCACUGUUACUGAAAUUUUCAAAAUAUUCAAGCAAGUUGUUUCCAAAAUGUUCGCAGAUGUUCACAAUGAUGACAAUACCUGUCCUGAUGUUCCAGAUUUGUUGUUAUCAAAUCUUUAUAGAUGGUGUUGUAAUACUCAUGCUAAGCUUUUCCAUCCUGAAAUUUUAGCAUUCAUCUACAGACUUCAAAAGAAAGUCUUCCUCCAACUCUGUGCUCACUUUAAGAAGUGUGGAUGUAGAAUCAUCUAUGCCAACUUCACUAAGAUUAUUGUAGAUACUGGCAAGAAUACUACAGAUGAAGCUAAGGUUUACACUGACUACCUUAAGUCAAGCAUUCAACAACAAAAGUUAUUCACUUGGGUUGAUAUUGAAGUUAAAAACACUUGGAGUAAUUUGUUGUGGUUUAAUCAAGAUAACUUCUUGGGCUUUAAGGAAGACCAAGAAACAGAGACUGGACUUUCUUCUGAUCCACACAUUGAUUUAUUGAGUGAACUUCCAGAAUCAGUUAGAGUACAUUUAGUAUUCUAUCUUUCUACUUACAUGUAUGAAUGUCUCAAGUAUAGAAGAUCAUUGGAUGAAAAAAUUUCAACAAUGAAGGCAGAAGAAGUUCAAAAGAUCCAAGAAGAACAUGCCCAAGAAUAUUUGACAACUAAAUUCUCAGAAGGUUUGAUGGAAGUGAUGAGUAAUCAACUCAAAGAGCUCUCCCUACAAUUAGAAUCAGAAAAAGAUAUUAGAUUAGAGUUUGUUAAUGCAAUUUGCCAUAUGCUUUCAAUUGAUCUUUUUAUUAGAGAUGAAGUUAAUGUGCUCAAGAGAUCUUUACUGAAAUUAUUGGGUGUAAAGGAAUUCUCUUCCGAAUCAAUGUUCAAGAGAUCCCAGAAUAUUUUCAAGGUUCCUGAUAUGAUUUGUUCAUUCUGUAGUUCUUGUUGUGAUCUUGAGCUUGGUAAACCAACAACAGAAAACAUCUUUAAAUGUAAACACUGCUCGAAUGACUUUGACAAAUCUCUAAUUGAGGGAAGAUUAAUUGACUAUGUUCAAAAUAAGAUGGUUGGAUAUCAAUUGCAAGAUUUACAAUGUUCUAGAUGCUCCCAAAUUAAUGCCAAUAACGUACUUGAACGUUGCCACUGUUCAGGUAAAUGGAUUUCUGCCCAAGUAGAAAAUAAGAGUGAAAAGGUAGCAGACACAAUUCACCUUAUCCAUUCCAUUUCUCAACAACAUAAUUUUGAUACAUUGAAUGAAAUUAUUUCAUACAUGUUGAAGAAGAAAAAAUAAUCUGAAUAAAUUAACCUAGUAAAUUAAAA